AUGACCAGAUUGUCAGAGAAUUUUUCUAAAUUUGGUGCUAUUUAUUCCUAAAUUACAAUUGCUUUUGUUGACUUGGGAGGAUUAACGAAUUUAGUAUUCUUAAUAAGUGUUGGAUUAAGCAUCGCCUUCUGGCACUUUGCUUUGAAAAAUGAUGACCUAAUAGAUCAGAUUCCUAACUUUGGUAUCCUAUCAACAGACAAAAAGAAGUUUUUAUUGUUUUUAUUAAACAUUAUUAUUUUGUAUAUGUUUUGUGGAGAUUCUAUAUUCACCUAUAUUGGAAUUGGCUCCCUUAUAUCAUUUCUUCACUCAUUACUAUUUGUAUCAGCAUCCACUGGAGCACUAAUUGAUGGACAGCCUCAAGAACAAACAAAUUAGGAAUUAACAUAAUAUCUAAACUUCAGCAACAAUAACAAUAUUGAAUUAUAAUAAAAAUGA